CCAUUCAGUGAACACACCGCGUUAUGACUCUUUUCAUUUGUUUCAUCUAAUUGCUUUUGUAUUCAUGUAUUUUAGUAUUAGGCAGUGUUUAAAUUAUUUUAUACAACCCCAUCAAUAUGCCAAUAACAAUAGGAUUUUUACAUGGGACCGGAUUAAUCGUUUUCCCUUUAUUUCUUAUGGGGAAAAAAUGGUAUACGUCCUGUUUGGUAUAGUCCAAGGAUCUGGAACGGAUUAAAGACGUAAAUCGAGAUGAACAGGCCAGCCGCAAAUCGUGCGCUCUGGGUGCUCCUCCCCCCGCGGAGCGCUCACAGUACUCGGGAUGCUGCUGCUCCGAGCAGGUGUCACGAUGCUGGUGGCUCUGAUCUUCCUGGCUGUGCUCCGGGAAGCUGACCUGGGAGGACACGAAGCCCAGGUUGUACAUAUCAGUGCCGACUUUUCCCGUGUGCGGGCAAAAGUCAACCAGCGCUUUCUCUCCGUCGCCAUCGACUCAAAUUUGGCUACGGAAGAGAAGUUCAUGAAACUUUUACGGUCGCAGAAGCUCCGGACCCUGGCACAGGCGCUGUCUCCUGCCUUUCUGCGGUUCGGUGGUAACAAGCAGGACUUCAUGGUUUUCAACCCCGAUGAAGCCCCGCUAGACACGCCGGACUUCCCAAGAGGCGGACCAUCUGCAGGAGCUGCACACCCGUGUGAUGGGCUGGUCCUGCCUGCGGACCUGGAGGAGAGUCUGAAGCAAGAUUGGCCUCGACAGCAGUUGCUUCUCCAGGAAGAGGAAACCGUGAGCAGCUAUGGAAAUAUCAAGUUCUCAGGAGAUGCGAUGGACCUGCUGUACACUUUUGCAAACUGCUCGGGCUUCGACCUCAUCUUCGGGCUCAAUGCUGUUCUCCGGACCAAAGCCAAUGAGUGGGACAGCCGCAACGCAGAGACACUGCUAGCCUACUGUGAGCAGAAGGGGUACAACAUGUCCUGGGAGCUGGGCAAUGAGCCCAACAGUUAUUUGAAGAAAGCUGGUAUUCGCUUGGAUGGACACCAGCUGGGUGAGGACUUCAUGCAUCUCCACAGGAUCCUGCAGGCAUCUAGACUGUACCGUGAUGCCAGGCUGUAUGGGCCGGAUAUCAGCCAGCCCCGUGGCCAUCGGAUGGACCUCCUGGAGAAGUUUUUGAAGAGUGGAGCAGAGGCCAUCAAUGCAUGUACCUGGCACCACUACUACGUAAAUGGCAAAGAGACGUCACUGCAAGAUUUCCUUGAUCCAAAUGUGCUGGACAGUCUGAUGGCAAAAACCAAUGAAGUCCUUCAGAUCGUUGACCACGUGUCCCCAGGAAAGAAGGUGUGGCUUGGGGAAACGAGUUCAGCCUAUGGAGGCGGGGCUACCGGCUUGUCAGAUAGGUUCCUUGCAGGAUUCAUGUGGCUGGACAAGCUGGGCCUGGCUGCAAAGCUGGGCUUAGAUGUGGUCAUCAGGCAGGUUCUCAUUGGCGCGGGGAAGUACCAUCUGGUGGACAACAAUCUGGACCCCGUUCCUGAUUAUUGGCUGUCGGUUCUGCACAAAAGGCUGGUUGGCUCGGAGGUAUUAGAUGCAGCCUUCAGCUCAGGGGUCCAGAAUGGUCGACUGCGGGUCUACCUGCACUGCACCAGGAGGGACAGGCCGGACUUCAGGAGUGGCUCCGUCACCCUAUUCGCCCUGAACCUGGAUGAGGCCAUGGUCCAGCUCGCCUUGCCUCAUCACGUGGCUAACAGCAGCGCUCAGGCCUUUGUGUUAGAGGCAGGUGGGUCCAAUCCAGGGAAGCUGCAGUCCAGGUCGGUACGGCUGAAUGGAAAGGUGCUGAAGAUGGUGAAUGAUACUACCCUCCCCCCACUGCUGGGCACCACCCUACCUCCCGGCCAGCCCCUCCGGCUUCCUGGCUACUCCUUCGCCUUCUGGGUGCUGAAGGAUGCGGGAGCCCCAGCCUGCUCCUGAACAGGCAGCUCAGUUCCCCCAGACCUCAGCCAAAGAACAGAUGUUCUUUAGACUGAUAUGCAGAAAAAUGCUUUGUGUCUCCCUCCUGGCUUGUCACAUGGUUAUUAAGCACCAAUCAGCAAACGCCUUCCGUUUAAGAUCAACAAACAGCCACGCAGCCAUUUUGUCAUUUAGUGAUAAGUCAGAUUUAUUUCCCUUUGCCAGCAGUCUUAGGAGAUGGUCCCAGCUCAGGGCACUAUGCAAAAACAGUAAUGUCUCAGUGCUAGAAUCAAUCUCUGCAUUUCAUAUGGUCACAGCCGGGGGGGGGACAUGGGACACUGUGAGGGGUGCGUCUGCUUUAAUACAAAAACCAAGGUCUUACCAAACUUUUAUUUCCCUUAUUGUUGAAGGUCUGCGUUCUAGUGCAAAGUGCAGUUUUGAAUCAGGUGUGUUGAAAGUGUAUCGUAAUGGAUUGUCCCCUGGUAAUGUUUACAUUUUUUACCACUUUGAUUUUUGUGAUAACUGAGCAAUCUUUAUGUACUUUUACAGGCACAGCUUAAGCAAUGACAGUGAUUGUUAUGUAAAAGAUUGGUAAAAUGAUAAAAGCAAUUCACGCACUUUUAAGCACGCAGUAUUUCAUCAUGGCGGUCAGAUACACAUCCAGGCAGCUGCACUUAAACUUUCUGUUUACCAGCAGCCCGCAUCAGAUUUAUAAAAAAAAAAAAAAAAAAAACUCUUUAUUGACUUGCAGCCCUCGAUGGCAGGAGAGGUCAGGGGUCAGUGACAUUGCGUGCAGAGCAUAGAUGGCCGGAACACUUGACACCUGCGGCCCCCUCACUCUUGCUCCUCUCCAUGCGUGAUGAUGUAACAAAGGGAUUUGUAGUCUAAGUUUCCUGAUGUGUCUAUGUUGGAGGACUGGAACAUCUGGUUGACCUGUAGGUGGUGGCGGGGAGAGUCAGAGUGAAAGAAUGCAGAGCUGCCAUUAAAGUGAGAAGGAUAGGUACUGCUAGGGACGUACUUCCUCAGCCGUGAACUUAUCGGCCUGUGUCAUCAGGAGGUGCUGCAAUCUGCGGAACAACAGUAGUCAGAGGCAUUGGACAGGGAUGAUGUCAGUGCACUUAUUGAAUUUUCAUGAGUCUAACUGAAAAUUGUGGAAGGAUUUCUGAGGGAAAUAGGUGUGGGGUAGCUUGGGUGGGCUCUUAGUGGGGUUCACUACAGAUUCACACCGGAAACCUCAGAAACUCACUGGAGGGAUACAAAUAUAAGUCUCACCCCAAGAAGUGCAGUGCAUGGCAGUGUACAUUGCAGUGUAUACUCAGGAUGCAAUGCUGAACCGUCUCAACAAAGCCUUUGCUGAAAAGUAGGAAAUCUGCCAUGGCAGUGAGUUUCACGGCUAGCAGAGCCUGCUUAGCUUAGCGGGUCUCUCUGUACGCAGCCUGUUAGAGAAAUAGGUACUUUUUUUAUUGUCAUUUUGCUAGAUGCCAUUUCUUAGAAAUAACGCCCUGCAGCAGCUUGAUCUUAAUUUAGCAAUAACUCUUCUUAAGAACUGUCGCUUGAAUAUCUCCACCCCAUACAUGGUGAUAAACAAUGUUGAAUGUUAUUUGCAUAUCCUGUUUGUGUACCUCAAUAAAAGACACUGCGAGGGGAGUUCCUCUUUCGAAGUUGGCUGAGUUCGACUGAGAGGCUGACACCUCGAAGUCAGGACCAGACUUCCCUUGCAGCAAGUAAAAAAUCA